AUGUGCUUAUGGAUUUACGUCUAUUCCCUCUACUUCCCGCAGUUGCAUAUGCCCCUUCGCGAGAACCUCACACCCAUCCGCGUGCUGCGCAACUUGGCCACUCAGUUGGCGGGAGCUGCUCGCAGCCUCGGCGCGGUACUAGUGGGCUAUCAGGGAGUGCGUGUCUUCAGUCCGUGCGCCCUUGGAACCCUCCUCAGCGCUGUCGCCAACCCUACCGGGCUGCUGCUCUCCUUCCUCGCACUGGCCAAUACUCCAGCGCAGCUGAAAAACUCUCUUCGUGCGAUAUUCUGUGUUAUCGGGGCUAGUCAUGCUACUGCUGCCGAGGUUAAACGUCUGCAUGGAUAUCAACUAAUGGCGGGAAUCCUGCGAAAGAAGAGUCAAUUUCUCGAUGAAGACGUUGUAGGUCUCGUGACGCAAUUCACCUUCAAUCACUUUCCUCCUGCACCGCCAUUCAAAGCUUGGGUAAACCUGCCCCCCAACUCACAGAAGGCACAAUUCAGCCUAAACGAGGACGCUUUCCGUGACCUCUUAUGCGAUCUGAAACUGUGGUUACGUCGACCCCCUCAGAACGAGGAUGAGACCCUUGAUUAUGCCCUCGUAUCCCAUCUUAUUGAGCAAAUUGCUUCUCAUUUCACUUGGCUUUGUAAUGAUCAUGCAUCUGUGGAGGCUAAAGCGUCAACGGAAAAGCUUGCCAAGUUGGUGAGCGAUUGUCUAUUUGACAGUCUUAUCUUUCUCAUCAUGGAUGCCGUCAACGGGAUGAAUAGCUGUAAUCCAACCAGCGUUCACUUCGGCCAGCUGAUCGCUGCGUCCAUGCGUCUCUUCGGCAUCGUCCUGCUCACAACCCCUACCUAUGGAGUACUUCAACUGCUCUGUGAUCAAAUGGUCAGCGUCCUGGGCUUCGACUGGUUUAACAUUUUCCUUUCUCCUAACCUCCACGAUGCCACUGCGGCCCACGCCUUACGUACCUUCUGUCUCGCCCUUCUCACUUUCAGCGGAGGUGAACAGAAGUCCUCCACUGACCCUGAAUUCACGGAUUUCCCUGGUUUGGUAGCGUUUCGGAAGGAGCUCUUCAGUGGUGGGUGGAUGCGGGUUUCGACGAAACGUGGACAGAUGGGUGGAACUGCCACUGGGGGACUGCCGUUCGCCACGGCCCGACUUUCCUCAGCGUACUCCAUUGAGGCCGUUCAAACUCGCAUGAGCAAUAAUGAUACCAAUGGGAGAGUCGAUGGAUUUCUCGCACUCUCGGCCCUCCUGGUGAACAACGCUGGAAUGCCCGAAGUCUAUGCCAUGCUGAUCCAUCUUCUACUAGGCAUCCGAACUCCCUUUGUUCCUGUUUCCAUGAAAAUUCCUCUUCAUCCUCUCGGCAUCUCAACAGGGGUGGCGGACUUUUCCGCAACCUCUGAAACUGUCAGCACCUUCGCUUCUACACAGCAGACAAUGCACAACUCGAAUCUCUUAGACAACAUCGCUUGUCCCGAGGCUGCUACAAUAAUUAUUUCGAUCCUCUCGGCUCUUAUGAGGACAACAGUCUGUCUCUCCCCAGAGUUUCUCACAGGUCUCAUCGACCUACUAGUCAUCAGUACUGUCUCUCAGGCAGCCUAUGGGACUCCAAAGCUCAGUCAGGAUGAAGUUUGCGAGUUGUCCUGGCAUCGAUUAGAUGAGCUACUGUUGAGUUUCCUGAGGACUAUCGUUGUGGACAGCUUUUCGUUGCCCCCCACUGCUCACCGACCCGUUCAUGUGGUUGAUGUAGUACUAGAGGCUGAACACAGUAGCUGCUCUUCAAAGCAACAGCACGAGAUUCAGACGAUGUUGAUGCGAAAUCUGAUGGAAUGUAUGCUAGCGAAGGAUCUAUUGUCAGAGUCAUGCCUUCUACUGCCUUCGAGGGGCUAUGCUCAACAUAUUCCUCAGAAUAUUGCUUACUUUGCCUGUCGGUUGGUGGAUAAACUCUGGCAGGGCUGUUUUCUUGGUUCUAUCAGCGAGAUAAUUGACUUCAUUACCCAGCUCAUCCAAAUGCUUGAACAGCAUCUACUGACCACUCUGCGAUCUACAUCUUCACCACGCCACUAUCCAUUCACUCAAUCUGCAUCUACUUCACCUCCAUCUCCGGCAGAUCCGAGUCUAGCACUCUCCCGUGCCUCUCUCUACCGCAGUCUAAAUCGCUCCGUCCUCUUCCAGCUUUCACGUCCCGUGCUCAAACAGAGGGAUCAAAAACUAGCAAUCUCCAUGCUUCAAAUUCUGCUCUCUGAUGACAGUCCUCUGAAUUCCUUCAUUUUUUCCUCCUUCAACUCCGCGGAUACCGAGUUUCCGGUGUGUCUAGCUCACCUACUUAUCCAACACGUUCAGAGGAAUCACCAAGGUUGGGUGAAUUUAGACCUUCAGGAGUCUUCUAGUGCUGGCAUAGCAGUGCAGAGUGAGAUGCAGGAAUUGGAGACGCCUGACUCAGUGCUCUACAGGACGGCUUUUGAUACAGAGGACUUUGAAACAGACGAUGAUGAGGAGAAGGCUCUCUUGGGUAGCUCCCCUCCACGACAGUCCCAGGGGCAGCGACAAGAACAAGAAGUUGAGGAGCAGGAAGACUUGCCAGCACAGCAGGAGGAAUUUGAGCAGUUAGCAACUCUGGCUCUAAAACUAUGGGAGCACUGUUAUAUAUGGAAUCAGAAGGUUUUUGUAGCCCUCCUUCCAAAUUCUCCGCUGUCUCAGCUGGCUGGAAUCCCCUCUUUACUUGAAUGGUCCGCCGUUCUGGAAGGACCCUGUAUCAUGAAAUGGACAACGUACGUCGAUGCAGAGGCCACAGGUUGCGGUGGCAUUGUCUCUCAAAACGCCGCAACUACUCCCACAUCCCAGUGGGGCCUUCUCUCUAUGUAUGGUCCCUCCACAAUCGAGCGUCAACUCGAGUCGACCAACAACAAGGUCACGGGUGCCGACCAACCAUCCUCCACCCCUCCCAAACCUCCCAUUAAAGGGUUCUCCCACCAACUAUCCAAGAAGCUCGGCCGAAUGAGCGCCAGUGUCCUGCGAAUGGCAUCUAACUCCGCUGUUGGUAGUGGUGGUGGUGGCGCACCCACGAUGGUCGGUGAAGUUAGCUCUGCCAGAUCCGUAGAGUCGCGAAGAAGUGGGCGUCAAUUCAGCCUUGUAGAAUCUGUCGAUGUCUCCGGUUCAAUGACCACGGGUAGUACCAGUGGCAGCGGUGAUGCCGAUUGGGUGCUUGUACCGAGAGUCCCUAUUGGUCUACCGCUCUUGACCAAGAAAUCGACUACCCUAUCUACCUUGAAGCGUAUCAGCAUGCAGGUGGAGAGUCCUCUAACGCUGGUAACUGAGUCCUUAGAGUGGAGUAAACAAAGUCAAGAGAGAGAUACAUCGUUUCUCUGGCGCGAAGUAGAGAUUGAGUGGAAUAAAAUGGAGGAUAAUCUUACCCAAGAGCGCUCGAUUUGGGGCCCAAUGUGCGCCGAUGAAGAUGUGGUGAAGUGGGAGCUGGAUCCCACUGAGGGACCCUGUCGAAUGCGAAAGAGAAUGCUACCAAAUCCUAACUUUUACCGACACUAUCCAACCAUCAGUAGAACCACUCAUGCUGUGAAUGAAGAGGUAAACGCUUCUUCAGCUAAUGAGGAGAGUGGGAGUACCCAGACUCCCGCAACCACAAGGAAACGCAGUUAUAUUGCACCCCAGAGCCUAGGAGCACGAUUUCGCUACCGUAGAAGACGACUCUUGCGAGGUCCUGAAGCUCCGAAGAAGGUGGAAGAGCAGGAGGCGGCUGUGGCGGAGGCACCGCCGAGUGACACCAUCGAUCAUAGCGGGGAGAACUUGACCUUUUCUGACAUUGCAGACAGCGAGGCGCUUUGUGAUACCCCAGGUAAUUCUGUUGAGGCCGAGUCAGUGGAAGAGGGGGGCGGGGAGGAAUGCGGUGAAGCAAUCGAAAACUCCUCCACGGAGUCUCUCGACUUGGGAUUGGACGACCAAGCAGCUCAACGGCAACCACCACUUACACCUUUGCAGCCACAAAACUCUCAGCACCACCAAUCAUCCACCGAUGGUGCUUCUAGGCAGUCGCUUCCUUCGAAAACAGCUUCUUCGUCCGCUUCUGAGGGUAGUUCCACGGCUCUAGAUCAGCUCAACGGUCACAUCGCCUUUAUGCGUCUCCUAGAGCCGGUUGAAUGCCUCUCCGCUAUCUACCGUUGCGCACGAAUUUGCGGUCUCGAUGUGCACGAGGGUCUUCUCCUUUUUGGAAGGAAUCACUUUUACGUGAUAGAUGGCUACACUCUCACGAAUACUCAUGAGAUUGUCAGUAUUGAAGCCCUCCCUCCAGGGAUGCAACACAAACCGAUUGUCCCCACUGGGUCCGAUACUGUAGCCGCGGCUGCCAUAACGCGCAGACAGGCCCACUCGUCUUCGACUUACGCCUCGGAUUUGGUCAGUUCUGGCGCAGUAGAUCAAAUUUCGGGAAAUCAAUAUUUCAAGUUUGCGUACGACAAGAUUCGCGAGGUGCAUCGUCGUCGCUAUCUCCUACAACAGACUGCACUGGAAGUGUUCAAUGCCGAUGGUCGUAACUUCUUUCUGGUGUUUGCUAAGGACUUCCAAAGCAAGGUCUACGAAUGGAAUUCACAUUUGUUGAGUAGUUUGCUUGGGGAAAAGACGGUUACUCAACGUUGGGUGUACCUGAUGUACCUCAACACUCAGGCAGGUCGCUCCUACAAUGACCUAAUGCAGUACCCCGUAUUCCCCUGGGUGCUGGCUGACUACACCUCUCUCCACCUCGACCUCUCUCGUCCCACCACCUUCCGUGACUUCACUAAACCUAUGGGCGCCCAGACGUUGGGCCGGCUGGCUCAGUUCCAGCGCCGCUUCCGGGAGUGGGAGGACCCCUCUGGCGAGACACCUCCCUACCACUAUGGCACGCACUACUCCUCUGCCAUGAUUGUCGCCUCCUACCUCGUGCGCAUGGAACCUUUCGCGCAACACUUUAUUAAACUUCAGGGUGGCCAUUUCGACUUGCCAGAUCGGAUGUUUCACAGCGUGGAGGAGGCCUGGCUGAGCGCCAGCCAGCAUAACAUGGCCGACGUACGCGAGCUCAUUCCCGAGUUCUUCUACCUACCCGACUUCCUGGUCAACUCGAACCACUUUGAUUUUGGAUGCAAGCAGAGUGGUAUUCGGGUGGACAAUGUUUUGCUGCCGCCCUGGGCUAAGGGUGAUCCGCGCGAGUUCAUUCGACAGCAUCGUGAGGCCCUGGAGAGUGAAUACGUUUCUGCUAACCUGCAUCAUUGGAUAGAUCUCAUCUUUGGCUACAAACAGCGUGGAGAGCCGGCGGUGCAAGCAGUCAACGUUUUCCAUCACCUCUUUUACGAGGGGAAUGUGGACAUCUACGCCAUUGACGACCCCGUGAAGCGUCGUGCCGUGGUUGGCUUCAUCAAUAACUUUGGCCAAAUUCCACGUCAAAUUUUCCGCAAACCUCAUCCAGCCAAGAAAAUGGUCGCCUUUCCACCUCUUUCACAUCCCACCAUUCUUAUUCCCGCUGGUAGUGGGAAUGGCGUUGGUUCUCUUCCCGAUUCAAGGACUAACAUACCUCCAGCUUCGUCCGCCUUCUUCUUUCACAAUUUGGAAAGCUUAAAGCCAAGUUUGGGUGCCGUUAGGGAACUACGUCACGCCGUAGGACAGAUCCUUCAACUGGAGCCGGGCAACCUGAAGGGCUUCUCCUUUAGCAGUGGCAGUGGUCUUAGCAGUGCCUCUCAGUUUGCCUCUGGGGGCCUCUCGACUCUCAUUCUUCCACCCAGUGGACUCUUCGGAAUUGGUGGUGGUGGUGCUGUUAGUGGAGGUGGCAAUGGUGGUGGCAGCGGUUCUAGUGGAGACUCAUCGGGAUCCAGUGGUGUAGCGGCUGGACCUAUUGUCGUGGUCGAACAGAAUAUGGUCCUGCUGCCACCAAACUUCACUCGUUACCUGGCCUGGGGCUACCCGGAUGAUAGCUUUCGCAUCUGCAGCCUCCUCGGUGACAAAGUGUUGCAGGUCUUCGAGAUGGUUAACUCCAGCCAGGUUCUCUGUGCUGCUGCUCCCAACGCCUCCACCAUUGUCACCGCUGGCAUGUCCGGAGUCGUCAAAGUGUGGCAGCUACGCAGCCCUAACGAAGAGCAGGGCAAACCCUUCUGCCCCUCUGACUGGAACGUCUCUGUCGAGGGGCACGGUCCCGGGGUUGUGUUUGGCACCACCGCGAGCAGUCUUCAGCUGACCGGGUGUCUCUACGGUCACACCGAUGUGGUCACCUGCCUCGCAGCCUCGGACAGUUUUAAUCUUAUUGUCAGUGGGGGCCGUGACUGUACCUGCAUUGUCUGGGACCUGCGCUAUCUUAUCUUCCUUCGCCAACUCGGCACUAGUAGCGGUGGCACCGCCUACAAGGCGCCCGUGGCUGCUGUCUGCAUUAGCGAGGCCACCGGCGACAUCGCGGUGUGCGCUGGCGCCUGGCUCUACCUGUGGAGUAUCACUGGAGACUUGGUUGCGUGUCUCAAUACUGCACCAGACCAGAGCAAUCAGAUCUACUGCGUUGCUAUGAGCACUCUUCGAGACUGGGACCCCGGUCACGUGGUCGUUACCGGGGGCUCAGACGGUUUUGUACGAAUGUGGGGCUUGGACUACGUCUGUGAGGAGUCGCCUGAUAGCACCACCUCGAAGAUUCCCUGUCCGUCUCUUACUUCCUCGAAUGAUUACGCAGCUCAGAUGAAGUGGCGACGCCAACUGACCCUGAGGGCCCACCUCACCGUGCACACCGCCUUCGAUCGAUCUGACACGGCACCAUUGCCGCUCAUGGCUCUAGCCAUCUCUCGCGACCAUCGCUCUGUUCUCGUCGGUGACGCCAAAGGCCGCGUUUUCGCCUGGUCCGUGCCUGGUGGUGGAAGUGGUGGCAUUGGCUCUGAUGCUAUAUCCGCCACUACCACUGGUGCCCAAUUCAGUGAAGAUGGAUCGGUAGGGGUGUGUGCCGCACCCGCCUGUGGGACGCGAUUCUCGCUGACGGAGCGAAAACACCACUGUCGCAAUUGUGGCAAGGCCUUUUGCUCAAGGUUAGCAUUGUCCUUCCGCGAAAAUGAAGUGGGAAGUGUCUAA